GCUGUGCAGAGGACCUGCGGAUCCUGAGACCGCUGCUGUGCGCUCAUCUGAUCCAGAAUAUGUCCUAAAGAGUAGUAGGAAGGACCUGGGUUUGAGUCCUGACUGGCCACCACCUUACUGAGGGACCUGGGCUGGUCCCCUCUUGGAAUCUGUUUUCCCAUUUCUGAAGUGAAGGGGUCAACUCACGAUUUACAACCACAUUUCCUGCGCUGAAACUACGUCUUGGAUUCUGGAUUUCCACGUGACACUGGAGAAGUCUGUGGGGACACGGGACUCCGAAAUGUCAAUGGCUCUGGACUUGGCUCUCUGCUCAGCCUGACUCAUCUUUGCCCGAGACCCGGGAGGGACCCCAGCUCCCCUGACGUGCCUGGCUCUGCCCCGUCUCUUUCUCCCACCACUCAGGCACCAAAGAGGAUCUCUCUUCUACAGCAUAUCUGGGUGGGGCACCAGGGCCCAGGAGGAGCCGAGGAGCCGGGCCCCUUGUCUCAGACCCAGAGGCAGACAUGGGGGCCUGUGCCAUUGCGACUGAUGCCAACAUCUCGAUUGGCCUUGAGAGCAACACCACAGGCAUCACGGCCUUCUCCAUGCCCGGCUGGCAGCUGGCACUGUGGGCCACAGCUUACCUGGCCCUGGUGCUGGUGGCUGUGACAGGCAAUGCCACGGUCAUCUGGAUCAUCCUGGCUCAUCGGAGGAUGCGAAUGGUCACCAACUACUUCAUCGUCAACCUGGCCCUGGCCGACCUCUGCAUGGCCGCCUUCAACGCCGCCUUCAACUUCGUCUAUGCCAGCCACAACGUCUGGUACUUCGGCCGUGCCUUCUGCUACUUCCAGAACCUCUUCCCCAUCACAGCCAUGUUCGUCAGCAUCUACUCCAUGACUGCCAUCGCUGCCGACAGGUACAUGGCCAUCGUCCACCCCUUCCAGCCACGGCUCUCAGCCCUCGGCACCAGAGUGGUUAUUGCUGGCAUCUGGCUGGUGGCCCUGGCCCUCGCCUUCCCCCAAUGCUUCUACUCCACCAUCACCAUGGACCAGGGCGCCACCAAGUGCGUGGUGGCCUGGCCUGAAGACAGUGGCGGCAAGAUGCUCCUUUUGUACCACCUCGUGGUCAUCGCCCUUGUCUACUUCCUGCCUCUGGUGGUGAUGUUCAUCGCCUACAGCAUCAUCGGGCUCACGCUCUGGAGACGCGCGGUCCCCGGGCACCCGGCGCACGGCGCCAACCGGCGCCACCUGCGGGCCAAGAAGAAGUUCGUGAAGACCAUGGUGGUGGUGGUGGUGACGUUUGCCAUCUGCUGGCUGCCCUACCACCUCUACUUCAUCCUGGGCAGCUUCCAGGAGGACAUCUACUACCACAAGUUCAUCCAGCAGGUCUACCUGGCGCUCUUCUGGCUGGCCAUGAGCUCCACCAUGUACAACCCCAUCAUCUAUUGCUGCCUUAACCGCAGGUUUCGCUCUGGAUUCCGGCUUGCUUUCCGUUGCUGCCCAUGGGUCACGCCAACCGAGGAGGAUAAGAUUGAACUGACUCACACUCCAUCCCUCUCCAUGAGGGUCAAAAGGUGUCACACUAAAGAGACUCUGUUCAUGGCCAGCGAUGUGGCUGAGGCUGCCAACGGGCAGGCUGGGGUCCCCAAGAAGGGCAGCCUCCGAAACCUGAAGCCUUAUGCCUGGCUGCAGGGCGAGGCUUAGCACUCUUUGAGAAGUAGCCAGUUGAGAGGACCAGGUCUGAAAGUUUGGCUCAUGCCUCAGCCUUCAGCACAUCAAUGGAAAAACAAGAAUGGCCAGGAACUCCACAGUGGAUGCUGACUCGAAGAGGACCCAGCCUCCCUCUCAGACAGUACUUCAGGGGAUCCAUAAGAGUCAAAGAAGAGAGUGUGAGCUAACACUUAUCUAAUCCAGGAGUUGCAAGCUCAAAUGCCUUCCUGAGGCAUACAACAUAAUGAGUAAAUUGGAUCCAGUAUAAAAGAAAAGCUGCAAAUGUGAAGAUAGAAGGAAACUGACUUCCAGUUGGGGUUAUAGGGAAUGGUGGGGACUGUGGCAAACUGGAGGACAUCAGCAUCCAGAGGGGACAGCAGCUGAUCUGCUCUGAACAAAUGUUGCCAUGUAGUAAUGGGAGCCCAUUAUUGCCAGGUCUUCUAAAUCUUUCAAGAGAAGCCAGAAAUCCAAAUUUGUGAGACUUCCAUACUUGUCAGUUUUGGCUCACAUUUUUAAAAUGUUGGGGAAACCCAACACCUGUGGGCAAAAUCCAACCAUGACACUGAUUCAUUAUCAGGCUAAAGACACAAGGGCAGCGGGGGGAAGUUUCUUAUUUUGCAAAGCCCAUCACCAUCAGUCUAGGGCUUCUCUGCCUCAACAUCUAAGAACUCAGAUCCAGCCCAGUGUAGAUGAUGGUUAAGAGUCAAAAGGAGCCUCAGCUAUGUUGCCUCAGACUAAGUCACUCUGACCCUCAGUCUCCUCCUCUCCCAAUGGCAAAACUACCCCACAGGAAUGCUGUGAGGCUGAUGAAGUCAUGCCUAUAAACUAGCAGACCAAACACAGGUUAAGUGCAUAAUAAACAGCAGCCAUGAUUUUUAUUACUACAUACCAGUCAUUUUACACGAAUGCCCCCUGCAAGUCAGCCACAUAGCUCACUUCUCUCAGCAAGGUGACAGGCAGAGAACGCCAACUGUCCCAACUCCCAGAAAGCUCCAGACCUGGCCCAGUCCACCCCAAGGGCACACCUCUGCUUGCCUGGCGACUCACUGUCUACAACCUGUGCCCUCAGAAGCACGUACCAAUGUAAAUGCACAUCACAAGUUGAAUGUUAUCUGUCUUCCCCACAAAGAUCACUGUGCCAUAGGCACCAGCAGUGCCAAAUAAAGAGACUCUGGUCUCACCAAACCCAGUGAGCAUGCAGUCAGUCCUGGAGGAAGCCACUCGGAGCUGUUGUCAUGGCUUGGGAGACUCAUGUGGCACCUCAACCACAGGGCACCAGAAUGUGGACUGUUGUGGGACCUACCAAGGAGCUGGGGGAGAAUCCAAAAUGGCGGCCAUGGGGGGAACAGCAAACUCAAAGUUGAGGUGGGAGAGGAUGAAAGGGUUUCCUACAAUAGGGGUUCAUUUAAGAUUGGGGAGCACGAGAGUGCAGCAACCCC